CUUUUGACACCUUGCAAACGUCAAACGCAUCUUCGUUGUUUACGGCUGCACAAACCGGCAAACAAAAACAAUCUACAACGCUUCUGUUUAGCGGGCCACGCUAGAAAUCGCUACCUCACUAUGGCCAAACAUCAUCCGGAUUUAAUUUUCUGCCGUAAACAACCGGGUGUGGCCAUCGGACGCCUGUGCGAAAAAUGUGAUGGCAAGUGUGUGAUUUGCGACUCGUACGUGCGACCCUGUACGUUGGUACGAAUUUGUGACGAAUGUAAUUACGGCUCCUACCAGGGUCGGUGCGUUAUAUGCGGAGGACCAGGUGUAUCGGAUGCAUACUACUGCAAGGAAUGCACAAUCCAGGAAAAGGAUCGCGAUGGAUGUCCCAAGAUCGUAAACCUCGGCAGCUCGAAAACAGAUCUGUUCUACGAGCGGAAAAAGUACGGCUUCAAGAGAUAAACGUAGCGUAAUCGUGUGUUUAGAUUCUUACUACUUUAACCUUUCUGGGCUUAGUUAAGAUAUAAAUAAACAACCGGAUGGUACUACAAUAUCGCUA